AUGUCGGUGGGCUUUCCCCUGCGGCAAAUAAACAGUCAGUGGCUACAUUAUUUAUUUACUCACGUUAUGGCUGCCGUUGGUGGACACAUUGCUGGUCAAGGUGAUGCUGUUGUUAAUAUUAAUAUGUUACAGUUGGGCCCAGUGGCAACAAUAGUUGUCUGUCUGACUCAAGUUGUGACGGAGGAUGAUCUCAGAGACUACAUGGAGUAUGAAGACAUCAUGGAAGACAUUUCACAUGAUUCGCUACUACAUAACCUUCUUGAGCUUGAAGCUCCCAUCAAGAUCUACGGUGAUAUUCAUGGACAGUAA